CAUGGAUUGACCGAAGAUGAUGUCUACAAAGGAUUUUAUUUCAGGAAAGGCACGAUAAUCGUUGCAAACAUCUGGAAUAUGCUACAUGACCCUGAAGUCUUUCCUGAUCCUAUGGUAUUCAACCCAGAGCGUUAUGAUGGAGAUGAUUCUGAGAUGCGCAAAGUCGUCAACCUCACAUUCGGAUUUGGACGGAGGUCGUUCCCCGGACUUCAUCUUAUCGGAGGAACAACCUUCGCAAUUGUGGCAACCAUGCUGGCAAGAUGCGAUAUCGUUCCUGCAAAAGAU